AUGUAUUCUUUUACACUUGCAAUACUCAUAAUUCUUACUGGAAUCUUGUUUUGGCAAUGGUUCUCUGCUCAUCCCAGCCGCAAGAAACUGCCACCAGGCCCUAUGCCCUUGCCAGUCAUUGGAAGCCUCCACUUACUAGGAAACCUCCCUCAUCGAGCCCUUCACAAGCUCUCUCAAAAGUAUGGUCCUAUCAUGUCCAUCCGCCUCGGGUCUAUCCAAUUUGUAAUAGUCUCUUCCCCUGAAGCCGCCAAGCUCUUCCUCGGAACCCAUGAUGCCAUUUUUGCUUCUCGUCCUAAAAUUGAAGCCGCAAAGUACCUUUCCUAUGGCAGCAGGGGAAUGACUUUUUCAGAGUAUGGACCAUACUGGCGGAGUGUAAGAAAGUUUUGUACAAUUGAACUGCUGAGUACUACCAAAAUUAAUGGUUUUGCAUGGAUGAGAAGGGAAGAGAUUAGACUGAUGGUAGACGAAAUGAGGGUUGCGUCGAUAACGCAUAAGGUGGUGAAUUUAACUGAGAUUGUAGGCACGUUGAUUGAAGGCAUGACGUGUACCAUGAUCUUUGGUAAGAAAAAUGAUGAUAGGUUUAUUUUCAAGAAGCUAGUUGAUGAAAGCAUGGAAGCAACAGGUGCCUUCAAUUUGGCGGACUAUGUGCCUAUGUUAGCUCCGUUUGACCUUCAGGGCUUGACUAAACGCUUUAGGGCAUUAAAUAAGGACAUUGAUGAAUUGUUCGAGAAACUAAUUUGUGAGCAUGAAGAACGUAGUCUUAUCGGUUCUCAAAAGCCUGAUGAAAUGGAUUUCAUUGAUGUAUUAUUGUCACUAAAGGGCCAAUAUUCAAACACCCAUGACGAGUUGUCUUAUACAAUUGAUAGGUCUAGCAUGAAGGCCAUUUUACUAGAUAUGGUAGCAGGCGCCAUUGACACUGCAAAAACAUCCAUUGAAUGGAUUUUAGCUACACUUAUCAAACACCCUAGAGUGAUGAAGGAGCUCCAAAAAGAGUUGACGGUUGUGAUCGGAGAUGCACGAGUGGUUGAAGAAACGGAUUUGACAAAGUUAAGCUACUUACACAUGGUAAUUAAAGAGACAUUUCGACUUUAUCCCGUUGCUCCAUUUAUGAUUCCUCAUGAAUCAAUGGAGGACAUUGUUAUCAAUGGCUACAAUAUUCCUAAGAAGACACGAGUUCUUAUAAAUUACUGGGCAUUUGGACGUGACCCAAAAGUUUGGUCUGAAAACUGGGAGGAAUUUCUUCCAGAAAGGUUUCUUGAUAGAGAUAUUGAUUUUCGUGGACCUGAUUGUCAGCUAAUACAAUUUGGCAUAGGAAGAAGAGGAUGUCCAGGAAUGAAUUUGGGGUUGUUGAACAUUGGCUUGGUGAUUUCCAACAUGAUACAUUGUUUUGAUUGGGAGCUACCAGACGGCAUGUCACCAAGUGACAUGGAUAUGAAAGAAAAGUUUGGAUUAACCAUCCCUAGGGCAGAGCCUUUAUUAGCCAUUCCAACAUACCGCACCUGA